GUGCAAAGUAGUACUUUGGCAGGCCCAAAACGUGAGGAGCUAGCAGCUAGCCGCCUAGCCCACCACUUCGCCGAUCGCUAGCAGCAAGCAGCCGAUCGCUCAUCUUUCUCAGGAAACUACUCGACCCUCUGCUCCUCUGAACCGUCGCCCGUGGCCGCACGCCCGCACUUGUCCCAGCCGCCGCUCCUCUUCUCAUCCGUCGAAAAAACUGAAGAAUCUCCUGCAAUUUUCGAACUGUUCGGCUGGGUAAUCUAGUCACAACAUUCACGUGGUUUGUAAUUGUAUGUGCACAAUCAAGAUCAGCGAGAGUACUCACAUCAGUGCCCAUCAGUCACAAUGUCAGGUAGUCGAAAAUUAAUGGAGCGGUUUGUAAAUCUGAAAAGAAAAUCACCACCACCGAGUACCAAUCAUGCUGACCAUGAUGAAGGCCCGUCAAAUAUUACACGAGCUACUCGUCCUUGUCCUCUGCCAGUGCCUCCAACUUUAAAAGAGUUAGAUGUAAAUGAGAUUCCAUAUGAUCCUGCAGAUAGGAAGAGAAUUACGCAAUAUAUUGGACCAAAGCUACAAGAUGAGAUAAGGCGGAAAUAUUUGAUUAGAGGUCCAUAUAGGCCACAACCAGGAUUCAAGUAUCCACAAAAGAUCAUAGCAGGUUACUCACGCCGGUUUAGUACUAAAUGGUAUAAUAAAUAUGACUGGCUAGAGUAUAGUGAGAAGAAGGAUGCUGCGUUUUGCUUAUACUGCUACUUGUUCAGAGAUUCUAUUGAAGGUCAAGGGGGGAAUGAUGCAUUUGUAGUUGAUGGUUUUGAUUGUUGGAACAAGUCCGGCAGACUAAAGGACCAUGUGGGUAAAUCUCCUAAUAGCUUUCAUAACACAUCAGUCAAAAGAUGCAAUGAUUUGUUGAAACAUGACCAAUCAGUUGUUGUUGCUCUCGACAAACAAAGUAAAGUCACCCAAGAGGAGUAUAUGAUCCGUUUGAAUAAUUCCAUAAGUGCUGUGAGAUACUUGUUGCAUCAAGGUUUAGCUUUCCGUGCCCAUGAUGAGUCAAAAGAGUCUAAAAACAGGGGCAAUUUUCGAGAGUUGGCAGACCUUUUGGCGGAGCAAAAUGAGAACACAAAGAGGAUUGUGUUGAUCAAUGCUCCUAGGAAUAACCAAAUGGUAGCUCCGGAAAUUCAAAGGGACAUCGCUGAAUGUUACGCCGAGAUCAUAGUAAAAUCUAUUGUUGAUGAAAUUGGAGGCGGUGUGUUUUGCUUGUUGGUUGAUGAGUCUGCUGAUGUUUCUGACAAAGAACAGAUGGCUGUAGUUCUACGGUAUGUUGACAAGUUUGGAGCAAUCAAAGAAAGACUAAUUGGUGUUGUCCAUGUGAAUGAGACAUCUGCUGUAUGUCUCAAAUCCAAUAUUGAUAAUCUGUUUGGUAAGUAUGGAUUGAGCAUGAAACAAGUUCGAGGCCAAGGUUAUGAUGGUGCAAGUAACAUGAGAGGAGAGUUCAAUGGCUUGAGGGCUUUAAUCAUGAGGGAGAACAACUCAGCAUAUUAUGUCCACUGCUUCGCUCACCAACUUCAACUAGUUAUUGUGGCAGUAGCUAAAAAGAAUGAUGAUGUCAGUGACUUUUUUGACAUGAUAUCUCUUCUGAUUAAUGUAGCUGGAGCUUCUUGUAAGAGGAAAGAUAUGAGAGGUGCUUUUCAGCCACGAACCGAUGCAGUGAUUCAUAAAAUCAUCACCAAUGCGAUUACGAAGCACUGUCUUCACUAUUUUCAUGGCUGA